AGAUCACGGGUAAAAAUCCUUUUAUGCAUGCGUUUUAAAAACUUUUAUGAAGCUGGAGAAAUUCGAUUGCCUUUAUAUUUUGAACUUAUUUUCUCGGGCACUAGUUGCAUCCCACAACAGAACAGAGUGAAUUACCAUGGCUGAAGAAACAGCCGGAGGGGCUCCCGCUAGACACCCCAGUACAGAUAAAGAGAUUCCAGAGGAGGGGGUCAAUCCAAGGGGCAAAUGGGCUAGCAACAAGGAGUUCCUGCUGGCCGUGACUGGUGAGAUCAUUGGCCUCGGGAGUUUUUGGCGUUUCCCCUAUUUGUGUUACAGAAAUGGAGGCGCUGUCUUCUUCAUCCCUUACUUUCUGGUCCUCUUCUUCUGUGGCAUCCCUGUCUUCUUCCUGGAGACGGCAGUGGGACAGUACACCAGUGAAGGCGGGGUGACUGCCUGGAGGAAGAUAUGCCCCAUGUUUGAGGGGGUGGGGAUCGCAGCACAAGUGGUUGUGUUGUAUAUGAACAUCUACUUCAUCGUGCUGUUGGCCUGGACUAUCUUCUACUUGUAUAACUCCUUCAUAUCCCCGUUGCCCUGGUCCACAUGUGAGAACUAUUGGAACACUGCUGCAUGUCACCCGCACUACAGCAUCUUCGCCAACCCUCAUUUGUUUGAGCACGACUCCAGCUGGUCGUUCCUUAACAACAUCAGCUCGCCAGACUACCUUGAAAACAUCUCUGCUUAUGUGAAUUUUACUGAGCCUGCUGACAGUGGAGUUACCCCCCAAGAGGAAUUCUGGAGGUCGCGUGUGCUAAGAAUGUCAGCUGAUGGAUCCUUGGGUAUAAUACACUGGGACUUGGCUGUUUGCCUCCUGAUUGCCUGGGUUUUGUGUUACUUCUGCGUCUUUAAGGGAAUCAAAUCCACAGGAAAGGUUGUGUACUUUACUGCUACAUUCCCCUACCUGUUGCUACUCAUUCUCUUCUUCCGUGGAGUGACUCUACCAGGAGCUGGAGAUGGACUGGCAUAUUACCUUAGCCCUGACUUCAGCAGGCUCGCUCAUCCAGAUAUUUGGCGUGAUGCAGUGGUUCAGGUGGUCUACUCUCACGUCUUGAGUUUGGGGGUUCUCACCGCUCUGGGAAGUUACAACAAGUACAACAACAACUGCUACAGGGACUGCUUGGUACUGUGUUGUGUCAACACUGCCACCAGUAUCUUUGCUGGUUUUGUCGUGUUCUCAGUGCUGGGGUUCUUGGCCUUUGAAAUGAAUGUAUCAAUCCAUGAUGUUGCCGCUUCUGGUCCUGGUCUGGCCUUUAUAGCCUUUCCAAGGGUGCUGUCAAUGCUGCCUGUCCCAUCCUUCUGGGCUGUUCUCUUCUUCGUCAUGGUCUUCUUCCUCGGCCUGGACACUCAGUUUGUGUGUGUGGAGAGCCUCGCCACUGCCAUCACAGAUAUGUUCCCUCGUUACCUGAGGAGACAUGGAGGGAGAGAAAUUCUUGUCCUGGUCAUCGCUGUGGUCUGCUUUCUACUCGGGCUGAUGUUUGUCACAGAGGGAGGGACAAUUGCCUUUCACCUGAUUGACAGCUAUGGUCCCAGCACAAUCACUCUCCUCUUGAUUGUCCUUUUGGAGACGAUUGUCAUCGCCUGGAUCUACGGAGCUGACCGUUUCUAUGACAACAUCGAGGACAUGAUUGGGUAUCCUCCACUACGUCUGAUCAAGUACUGCUGGCUGUUCAUCACACCGGUCAUUUGUGGAAUCACCUUGAUAUAUGAGGCGGCAAAUCCGCUUCCCUUUUGGGUCUAUGGAUACCAGAUUGGUGCUGUGGGAAUCUUACUAGGAGGUUUUCUCCUCCUUAUUCCUCUGAUGUGCAUCCCAGUCUUCAUUUUUGUUGCACUGUGCAGAGACCCAAACAACAUGACGACACCAUCCAAAGAUCUGCGCCAGGCUCGACCGAACAAGCCGAUCCUCACUUUGUGUGGCAAAGUCAUUUUCAGGGCACAAUGGAAGCCGAACAGAAGCGCAGAUGAAGGGAGUGAGAAGAUGAUGAUGGGGGAGCCCAGCAGGGUUUGAUGAUCAAAGAAAACAAAGCAACUUCAACACAUUAAUUGUCUUGAUAAACUGAAAUAUGGGACAUAAUCACACAUUUUUACUUUCAUUCAGGGAUGUGCUAUAAUGCCUUACUUUUUGACUGCAAGUUACUUUUUAUGUUUCAUAACAUCAUAAAUGUCAUAUAAAUUAACACUUUCAAAUAAAUAUACAGCCAUGUACAUAAUUUAUAGGCAUGUAGGGCAGGAAGAAGACAUCACAGGGCUUUUUGUGCCACAACCCAGGGCUGGACGUGAGGGCAGAGACAAGCUUGACACGUGACAGCUCGAUGGCAUCUCUUUGUCUGGCAAAGAAAAGAAAGACAUCUCGCACACUGC